UCUCAUACCAAAGCCAAACCAAAGCCAUGUCUGAAAAAGCGUCAUCAAGUGAAAACAUUGUUAGCCAGAAGUAUGACAGGUGUCUGGCCGAUCUCUUGGUGAAGGCCGGUGUAGGCUUCAGCGUUGGAGUCGUUGCAUCCGUCAUUGCUUUCCGAAGACGAACAUGGCCUAUUGCUCUUUCAACAGGCUUCGGUAUAGGCGCAGCAUACGCAGACUGCGAUCGCUCAUUCAACCCCGCACGUGUCUCGGGAACACGCAUAAUAUCCCAGACAGACGAGAACAAAUGAUCUCGUUUGACAUAUCACUCGAUAGUAUUGCGGAGAGCACUGCACAGAGCCAACGAUAUGAUCGUGAGCCUCGAGGACUUGGCAUUAUUUUACAUAGAGCGCCUUCGCACACCCUUCCACCUUCUAUAGUUCACAACGCAAAUGUUCAUUCUCCUUUUGACCAGCGUUCACUCCCAGCAUGAGAGCUUUCGGGCAGUAAUUCAUUGGUUGUAGAAAGAGGUUGGGGUGCCUCCCUAGGCAGUGUUCUUUGAGGUUUUCCGAGCACGAGGCGCUCGUAGAGUACGUCUGCGGGCAAAUUCAGGUAAUGUGAGUGACCAGAAUGAAGUUUAAAACAUCGAAGAAUGACGAACAUGCCGUUGCUGCCAUGAUGGGAACCGUGACGAUGAUGGUGCGGAGCCUGCGAGCUUGAGGAGGCAGCUUCUGUGUCAUUGUGUACCUUUCUAGAUUGCAGUACUUAGUACCGAUUCAUGGUAGUUGUGAAGCUUGUCCAGAAGGAGAUG